AUGAGCCGGCGGGCAGCACCUGCUCCCGACGUCGCCGAGGACGCAGGCGACCUACCAGAACGACGCCGAAGCGCAAGAGUGGCCGUGCGGCACGAACGCGCGGCCCCGACGCCGGAAACGGGCACCCGUGGCGCCGAGGACGCUUCCCGCGGUCGCAACGGCACGCCCAAGCGGCCGCGAUGUGCGGCCCACCGCUUCUGGAGCUCGGCGGCGGUGGACGGCGCCGGCGUACGGAGCUGCACCAACGAGUCCCGGGCCAAGCGUGCACAUCCGGACAACCCGGGCGAUUUGGUGCCGCUGUGCACCUCCUGCGCCAGGCUGGCGGACGCAGGCCAGCGUCGGCCGCCGCGCUACACGGCGGUCAAGGUCUCCGAGGAACGCGUCGCCCGGGCGGUGACGCGCUGCUGGGCGACGUUCGAGGACGACCCCGUGCUGAGCCAGCUGCAGGCCUCGGACGCGCAGUCUCGCGCACAUAUGCACGAGGUCCUGCUCGCCGCGAUCGUCGACCCUGAGACGGGCGAGCACGUCCUGGGAGCAGACGCCACCAGGCUCGUCGAGAGGCGCCUUGCGGCGCUCAACGACGAGCUCGCCGCCUCUAACGGCUCGGCGGCGGAUGCGGAGGUCGGCGCAUCGGCCCCUGCGCGCCGGCGCCGGCGGCGCGGGCACGGCUGGGCUCGCGUGCGGAAGCGCGCGCGGCUGGGGUCCCCGCGUGUCCAGCAGCCGCUCCACGCCGCGGCGACGCCGCAGCCCGACGACGAGGAGGCCGCGCAGCCCGACGACGACGAGGCCGCGCUGGCGGGCGCCGUCCAGCAGUACACCGCCAGGCUCCAGGCCUGUCUUUCAUAUUACAGCAAGGUGGAAGGGCUCCGGCCCGGCCACCUGCCUCUGCGCCACGACUUCGACGUCGCCCUCCUGCGCGAGGAGUGGAGGGCGCGCCUCGCGGCCCCCCAGACGGGGCAAGGCGGCCUGCACGCGCGCGACGUGGAGGUGCACUCCAUCGGCGGUUGCCGCGCCCCCCUCGUCGUCCUCCAGGAGCUUCGAGAGAGCAAGGUCUCCUCCAAGCGCGCUCGGCGGCAACAGCCGCGCCUCCUCGUGGAGAAGCACUUCAAGCCAAGACUGAUCAGAGACCUGCGGAAGGUCCAGGCCACGCGGACGGACGCGAGCGGGGAGCACCGCUUCCUGGAGGCGUUUGGUUCGUUUCAUCCGAGGGACGGAGCCGACGCCAUAGAGCAGAUCGUGGAGUCGAACUUGGAGCUGGCGCGGCGCGAUCCGGGCCGCACGCCAGCCGAGGUCCCGAAGCUCGCUUUCGCCGAGAGCGUCAUGAAGCGCUUCCACAAGGCCAUGCAGGGCCUCCUGAAGGACAUCAAGGAAGCGGUCAUCUCUCCGUACGUCGACCUCCUGCGCGUGGACGGUUACAUGCAAGCGCACCAGCCCAACGACGGCUUCGUGCUCGACUACCACGCCGGCAGCGACGCGGAUGACGGCGCCGGACUGGGGGUGCACGUCGACGGCGGCCUGUGGACCCUGGUGUUCGUCCUCCCGACCCUGCCGGGCCAGGAGUGGGAGGGGUGCGAGCUGGUGUUUGACUGCGGCUCCACCGCGCCCGCGCCGGAACCCGGCGACCGCGUGCGACGGAUCAGUCGAGGGAGCCUGGGACGCGGGCCCCUGAAAAGCAACACCGGCCUCUGCAUCCGCCCCGUGGAGCCAAAGGAGGACAAGCUGGCGGAGGAGUUCUGGGCGGCCGCGCUGAAGCCCGGCGACGUCGUGUGCCAGAGCGCUGGCUUCGUGCACGCGGUCACAGACCUGCGGUCCGUGAACGCCUCCGAACCGGGCAGGCGGCAGAGCAUCGCGCUCUUCAUGGGCAUGCCGAUCGGGCGCGCCGAUCUCGCGCGCCGGCGACGCGUGUGA